AUGCCACCUUAUCAAACGAGCAUCAGUCAACAUUACAAUGUACGCCCCUUUACAUCUAUCACUGACGGUAGUCCUGUGGAAUUUCUUACCUCUAAUGGUGGAAGUGACUACAUAGAUCUGGGACGAACUCGUUUACAUGUCACAUUGAGAGUCACUCAUGAAGAUGGAAGCAUGCUGACUGAUAAAGAACAUGUAGGUCCAGUCAACCUGUUCAAGCAAUCUCUCUGGUCUCAAGUGGCUGUGUAUCUGCAAGGUCAGUUAGUCAGUUCUAACAAUGGUGGCUAUCCCUACAAAGCGUUCAUCCAAACGUUGCUUGGAUACGGUGCUGAAGCCAAAGACAAUCAACUCCAAUCGCAACUGUUUAACAAAGAUAAAGGUGAGACUACUGCUGACUUUGAUUCUAAAGAUCCAUUGGGUGGAGGAAAUGUGCCACAAUUUGCCCUUAUGUCUGGAGCUCCUGGAACAGAGUACAAAAUUGAACUGCAAGACGUUUACCUGAAAGUAUAUAAGCUGAAAAUGGAUAACGCACUUGUUCUUGUGCACGCAAAACAGUUUGAAAACACCAAUGCUCUGUAUCCUUACAUGAAAACUGACAUUCCUCAAGCCAGUAUCAGUGCAUCGCAGAUGACUUACACCUUUGACAACUUGUUUUUGGACCAAUGCCCAUCCCGUCUUGUUGGAUUUGUCAGUGGUGAAGGUGUGAAUGGGUCAUAUACCAAACACACGUUCAACUUCCAAGGAUCCAACAUUAAAACAGUGGGGUUGUAUCUGGAUGGUGUCAGUGUCCCAGGACGCCCUGUGGAGGCAGACGACAUCGAAACCUAUGUCAACUUGUUCGAGGCUACCAACAUAUGGAGAGAGGACAAGGGCAACUUUAUUCAAAAACAGAGUUUCAGUUUAUCAACACCCUAUUCGUCUUCAAAUUAG